AUUAUUUCAAUAUCGAAAUCAAUAUGUGCCUUUGUACAAAGUUCGCCAAACUUGACAAUUGCUUAAUUUCGCUGCGAACUAAAAUGAAGAUUUUCUGUUGGUGGACCCUAGUACAUGGUCUUUUAAGCAUCCCUAUAUUCGGCUCCGAAGUUUGUAAGUACUUUCAAAAGGUUUUCUGUUGGUGGACUCUAUUACAUGGUGUUUUAAAUAGCGUUAUUAUUGGCUAUGAAACUUGUGCAAAACAUUAUGAUAAUAACGAUGUCUACGAUGUUUUGGGCAUGUUCUUUAUGUUCGCAGUAAUUCAUUUUUAUGCAGGAAUAUUGCUAUUUUUGGCUGUUCAAUGUAAUUUGAGGAAUGAAUUCAUGUUUGGCGUCGUACUAAGCACUUUUUUUCCUAUAGUAGGCAUUAUUAUUUCAAUAUCUGCUUAUCUGGUUUUUUUCCAGAUUGUCUUUGUUAUAUUUGCAUGCAGAUACUAUAGUACAGAAAUGAAUACAAAUCAAUUUAGUUUGGAGUCUGUAUAAACUUGUAUCGUAAUUGACAACAAAUUACCUAUAUAAUUAGACCUGUUGCAAUUAUUAGGCUUAAAUAUUGCAAAAAAUAGCUGAAUAUAAAAAUUA